CAACUGGAAUACAACAUCGACGCUAUCAACGAAAUCAUUGCAAAGCGUCUACCUAUCCCAGUCCACGACUUUGCUUUCGAUCCUGGUUUCAUCCGUUCCUUCGAUGUCAACAAGCCUAGUGCUGAGGUCCACGAACUCAGAGGUGGUGUUGCUAGUGGUUCUAUCCUCACGGGCCAGGGCAACAAGUCAAGUUUUGUCCGGUGA